CCCCUGGUGGACAACAUGGGCGGUGCUUGACGAUUUUCAGGAGCGAGCACGUUCUCCCGCAUUCAUCCAGCGGUUGAAAAACAAAAUACGGAAUCAUGUAGACAUUCUCAUAGGUUUUGAUUCCCUCCCCACCGCCGAUGUCACGUUCAAGGGAUCGACUGCUCUAGAAGGUAAUGGAUUCCUGCCUUCUAUGUUUGAUCUUCUCCCUCGUCGCCGGUGUGACCGAAUGCAUUGAAGAUGAUCACCGGGUUAAUGGCACUCACCAUCAUGACUAUUGCAUCCUUGGCGCCGGGCCUGCCGGACUGCAGAUGGGCUACUUCCUCUCCAAAGCCAAAAGAGACCACAUCAUCUUGGAGAGAAACUCUGGACCUGGCAGUUUUUUUCACAAAUAUCCCCGGCACAGAAAGCUCAUCAGCAUCAAUAAGAUCCACACCGGACGGCAGAACCGGGAGUUUAAUCUUCGCCAUGAUUGGAACUCGUUGUUGAGUGAUAAACCAGAGCUCCUGUUCCGGCAAGUCAGCGGGGACUUUUACCCGCCGGCUGAUGCCUUCCCACGCUACCUGUCCAUGUAUGAGAUGGAGCUGGGGCUGAGGGUCCAGUAUAGUGUGGAUAUUCGAAGGAUCAGGGCAGUGGUGGCAUCCAGCGGAAGACGUUACGUCCUAACUGAUCAACGUGCAAAGGAAUACACGUGCAGCGUCCUUCUGGUUGCCACCGGUUUGUGGGUUCCUCAGGAGGUGGACUUUGUUGGUUCUGACCUGGUCGAGGGCUACGAAUCCAUCUCCACAAACUCUGAGGACUACAAGAACCAGGCUGUGCUGAUUCUGGGCAAAGGGAACUCGGCUUUUGAAACGGCCCAGAGCAUUUUGGGACAUGCGAGUCGGGUUCACAUGGUCAGUCGCAGUCCCGUUCGACUGGCCUGGCAAACGCAUUACGUUGGAGAUCUCAGAGCUGUGAAUAAUGAACUCCUAGACACAUAUCAGCUGAAGUCUCUCGAUGGCUUGUUGGAAGCCAGCCUGGAGCGCAUCGUGAUCGUUCAACAAAAGGAAGACGACAGGAGGAAAUCAAGCAAAGUCAACGAGAAGAAAGGACAGUUGUUUGUGACGAUAAAUAAGUACGUGCGAAACCAGUCGGGGAAUAACAAAUCCGAUGUGACAGCUGAAGAUCUGCUCGGGUAUCACAUUGACAAUUUCUCCAUGAGGAAACCUUACGAUCGUGUGAUCCGAUGUCUUGGCUUCCGAUUCAACUUCAGCAUAUUUGACAGCUCUGCCUGUCCACCCAAGAGUAAAAAUGCCAAAGGGAGGUUUCCACGGGUCACAGCCUGGUAUGAAGGUCACGGCACUCCUGGUUUGUUUGUACUGGGAGCAGCCGCUCACUCCAGAGACUAUCGCAAAUCAGCCGGCGGUUUCGUUCAUGGAUUUCGCUACACAGUGCGAGCUGUGCAUCAUUUGCUUGAGCAACGUUACCACAGAACACCGUGGCCAACGACACGAUUGUCCACAACGCAGCUGCUCUCUGCCAUUUUGAAGCGGGUGGGCGAGGCAUCUGGGCCCUACCAGAUGUUUGAGAUACUAGGAGAUGUGAUAUUGCUGAGAGGGUCUAAUUGCCAGUAUGUGGAGGAAUUCCCACUGCAGGCCUUGCCUCAGUUCUCUUCUCUCUCGGGUCAUGAGGUGUCCGAGCAUGGACUGUUGAUUCUAGUGAUGCAAUAUGGGAAAAAGAAGAUUGACUAUUUGGGAGCAGGCAGGGCAGUCACGGACUGGAGCAAAGCUUGGAAAUCCAACUUUCUACACCCAGUUUUAUACUACUAUGAAACACUUCCCACCGAUGAAGAGAUGAAACGCCGUCCCCAUGGGUGGCCUUUACCAAGGCCUAAGGCUAUUCAUCACAUGGUUGAAGACUUCCUAACUGAGUGGGAUGGCCCCAUAUCUCACAUCCAGCCUUUGCGACGCUUCCUGGAACACUGCGUCAACACUGACCUUAGAGCCUUCUAUGCAGAAUCAUGUUUCCGCUUAUCGCUCACCCACCGCAUGCCUCCACUGUUCUGUCGCCAGGGAUACUUGAAGCAGCAAGGCAUUGCCCAGAAAAAUAAAGGGAUGCAUUUUCAUUUCACUCGCCCUGCGUCUGGUGAGCAGCAUGCAGACGCAUCAAGCGCCAGUGCUGCAUUUCCUAACUACCUUGCGCAGGCUGGAGCCUCCGUGUCUUCAGGCCUAAAACUUGACUUAUGACUGUUUCACUACCUCCACCUCAUAAAAAUCCAGAUAACUUGGAUUAGUUUUAUCCCACGUGGUUGCUGGCCUUCAUAAAACCAGGACCAACUCCAUGAUUACGCAAAUGCUAAGAGUUGGCAAGGAAUCAACACUGCGAUGUAUUAACCGAGGAAACAGCUCACCAAGCUUCAACUUUUUAUUUUUAUUUUUUUGUCAGUUACUUUCUAGUUCAACUGGGUACUAGACUGGAUUUCUGGUUUGAGGUACUAGACUCUUCAUUGUGAGAAUUCUCAUCACCUGUGGUGUGCUGUGUCGGUCAUUUCCAAAUGUUUGACACAGACACAAUUGUCUCCGAGGGGAGAGGACCUGACCGUUGCAAAUUCAUGUGUUCGUCACAAAGUACAGUAUGUUCACUACCUCUACAAGUAUUUAUAAAUAAAAAAGGGAGCGGGGUACGUCGAUAUAACGUAUUUGAAAGCAUCACGAGUGAGUGCGGGUAUUACUUCUUAAACGCAGUAUGAACAGCACAUUACAUGAUGUCAUUUCACAUCGAAAUGUAAAAUAAACGUGUUAAAAACAA